AUGAUCUCAAGCGAGUUUGAUUCUCCAAAAUCAGUUCACUUGUCUCCAGUCCUCUAAAUGCCAGCUAUGGUUACGAGAAACUAAAGUCGAUUACUAAGAGCCUAGAUAGUAUUAUUCGUAAUGACCUACAUUGCUUACUCACUGACUCAUGUUUAAAGAGAGUUCUGGGCUAUGAGCAAAGAGCAUGUAAAGCCUGAACUUGGCUUUGAGGAUGACUAGCUUUCAAAUUUUGACUUCUCCCAACUAGUAUCAUAUUCUCUAAGUCUAUAUCUUUUUGGUACUGCUGGUGAUAGACUUAACAAAAAAAAGCUUUUGGUUGUGGUCUAUCUUGCUUCUGGAUUUUUCUUUUUCUUGCAAGGCUUGGGAGGGUUGCUCAAAAUAACUUCACCUGUUUAUUACUUUUUUGUUUUUCCUUGCAUUGGUAUCUCAACUUCAUUUAUAUUUGCUGUAUUCAUUGCUCUACUGGCCGAUUGGUUUCCAAAAAGACGUAGAGGUAUUGUAAUAGGUACAUGGACAUCUUGUAUCAACAUUGGAAAUAUAGUGGGUGUUUAACUUGCUUCUGGAUUGCUAUCCCUUUAUGGAGCAGAAAAGUGGUACUAUUUAAUGUUCACUGUUGCUUGCCUGAUGAUCUUAUUUGCUGUUUUAUUUUUGCUGUUCCUAGUCAUUGAGCCUGAAGACAUUGGACUCGAGGUAAAUGAGAAUGAACAAUUAGAGGAGAUAUAAGCCAUAGAAAAUGAGGAGAUAAUUCAAUUGAAUGUAAAAGAAAAAACAUAAGAAAAAGAAACAUUUAUCUAGUAAAAUUCAUUUAGUACUAGUCAUUAUUAAUCGGGAAAGCGUAUAAACUUUCUUACAUCCUGGAGAGUUCCAAGAGUUUUUCUGUAUUCUUGCUGUUUCUUCACAGUUAAGUUAGCAGUGACAUCAUUUUUACUUCUAUUGCCCUCAUUUUUGAAAUAAGAACUAGACUUUUCAGACUAGAAAAAAGCAAAUAUGAGUACUUGCUUUGAUUCUGGAGCGAUCUUCGGGAAUAUUAUCCUUGGGUAUCUUACUGAUAAACUCUACUCUAAAAGAUCUCCAGCCACUUUUAUUGGAUUAGCAUGUGCAUCUACAUUGAGUUUUUCGAUAACAUUUCACUACAAGGAUCUAGGAGAUGGACUCUACGCCAUUGUAUUUUUCCUAGGAUUUUUCCUUUCAGCAAUUUGUAACAUUAUUAGUGCUUCAGUAGCAGCAGAUUUAGGAAAAUAAAAAGCAUUGCAAAAUAACCCUAAAGCUUUGUGCAUUGUGACUAGUGUUAUUGAUGGUAGUGGUGGAAUGGGCUCAGCUCUAGGUUAACUUAUAAUAGGCCAAACUAAAGCGGCCUGGGGCUGGUAAAAUGGAUUCUGGCUGGUAGUAAGUAUUGAUAUAGCUUUAACCUGUGUGCCCUUGUUCAAGAUAUUGGUUGAAGAACUAAUUGAGAUUAAAAACAUUGUUAAGAAUAGAAGAUAAAAGUAAUGA